AUGGAGUCCCCCGCAAUCCCGGUCCCGCUGGAUCCGCGGGAACAGCCCAUCCUCGAACGACUGCUCCGAACCCGCGACGCCCUCUUGCUUAUCAAACAGGACAAGUCUUCCUACAUCAAGUCUCGUGACGUUCUUCCUCACUAUGAAGAAGUGAUCGCGGAGGUUGAGAAGCUCAAUGUAGCACGCAAAGAGCAGGAUCGUCGCUUGACCCAUAACCGCCUGGACUAUGUCUUGGACGACUGCUUUCAGUUAAUUUCCUUACUUUUCUUAACAGUUGGAAGGAAUAAUGAAGCUCCCGCAGUUUACUCUUUGGCGGCCACCAUUCAGCGUUUACUUGACCAUCUUGAAGAGGCCGGUUUCUACAGCUCCAAGGAUCUAAACUCAAUCACCAAGACUUUGGAAUCUACCCGCGAAACACUUGAGCGCGGUCGCGACACAUACUCACCGGCUCUUCUCACACUCUUGGAAAGUCGUCUUGAACAAUGCGAAAUCUCCUUGAAGAAGUUACAGAAGGGCCUUGCGGCGCUAUCCCCUCCUCUGGCGCAAACACACGAGACGCUAGUUUCCAUUCUGCGGUCAACAUCCGCUGUUAAUACACGAUCAAAGUUCUCCGCAUCGGAAGUUAAUGGUCUUCGGGAACAACUGAAGAAGAUUGAGAAGACAACCAAGGAUGGAAACUUUGUGGACGCCGAGGGCAACAUUCUUGCAGGUCAGGAUGAGGUCAAAUCUCUGAUUAGCCGCUGCUGGCGAUGGACCGAGAUUGUGCUCGAACGUGAGGGGAAGAUCGAUGAACGCUUCAGAGACCAAUAUGAGCGGUUGCUGGAGAUCCGCAACCAGUUGGAUCGCUUGUCUGUAACCCAGGCCUGGUCUCUGCGCGAGACAGAUCUUUUCGGAUUCCAGCGAAAGCUUGACCGAAUCGACGAGGCCCGAUCCAACGGAAACUUCGUUGACGCAGAGGGUCAACCAGCUGACCUUCACGCACAACGCACACUGCUUUACCUUAUUCGCCGCAGCUACGCAUACAUCUACGCGCUGUUGAUUUCAUCUGAGCCCGUAUCCGAAGCUCUUCUCCCAGUCUAUAAUCAGCUUCAAACCCUGCGCCGCUGCUUGAUCGAAGUCAAAGAGUCUGGGGGCGUCUCAAACUCCCGUGAACUUUACCCAUACAGCAUGAAGCUCAACUCGAUUGACAACAUGCGGGUAGACGGAAAGUUCUACGUUGGCCCCGAUAUUCCCGAAGGUCAAGGUAGUGUGAACAACCUGCUUGCCGAGUGCUACGACUACGUCUGGGAACUGCGUGCUGCAGUGGUUGAUGAAGAACAGUCUUAA